AUGGAGAGACUAUCAAAGGGAUCUUUUUAUUCUUGCCAGCAGAUUGGCCAGUUGGAAUUUCAGGAAGUCUCUGAACUGUACACUAUUACAGUCUCUAACCCACUAUGCAAACUGCACAGUGGGAUCCAAUGGAAAAUAAGAAUGGUUCCCUACGGCAUGCUACUCUGCCCCCGGGUUUGGAGGUUCCUCUACUAUCGCAUGAUUUCAGGUCCCAGCUGCGGCAAGAGCUAUUCUUUCGCCACGGGAGGCGACUCUGCCGGGUCAGAGCUUUCUUAUGUUUUCAGAUCCUCUGGGCCAGAAGCCUUCGAGACGGAGCCCUCUCCUCCGCGUAGCACAGCAGCCUUCGAGACGCAGCCCUCUCCUCCGAUUAGCACAGCAGCCUUCGAGACGGAGCCCUCUCCUCCACGUAGCACAGCAGCCUUCGAGACGCAGCCCUCUCCUCCGAUUAGCACAGCAGCCUUCGAGACAGAGCCCCCUCUUCCAGGUAGCACAGCAGCCUUCGAGACGGAGCCCUCUCCUCCGGGUAGCACAGCGGCCUUCGAGACGGAGCCCUGUCCUCCAAGUAGCACAGCAGCCUUCGAGACGGAGCCCUCUCCUCCGGGUAGCACAGCAGCCUUCGAGACGGAGCCCUCUCCUCCGGGUAGCACAGCAGCCUUCGAGACGGAACCCUCUCCUCCGGGUAGCACAGCAGCCCUCUCCUCAGAGUAGGAUGGCUCCCCAUGGCUCCUCUUUCUAUACAGCCUACUGCCUGUCCAGAAGUCCGGGCCAGCAGCCAGCUUCUAUAAGUUGGGCUCUCUCUGCCCGCUAAUGUCCCACGAAUAGCUUGUUUCUGCCCCAUGAACUGUAAAACUAGGGGGCUGUAUGGUCCAAUGGUUAAAGAAAAGGGCUUGUAACAAGGAGGGUCCCAGUUCAAAUCCUGA